CAAUUGACAGCUAACAGCUGAUUGCUCAAAAUUAUUUCUGUUGGAUAUCUGAAGUUACAUCAGCUACAGCGGCUAUACGGAGGAAAAUAAUAUUAUAAUUACAUGUUUACAAUUUUCACUACUAAAAGAUUUGAGAUAUUUCGUAGCCACACGUAAAUUUCGAAUACAGCAACCAAUGCGAUGAAUGAUAUCCGCCGUCUUAAGGAACAGCAGCGAGAAAAACAUCCCGGUUUCGGUUCGUAUUUGGAAUGUAUGACCAGAGCUCUAUUUACCGGUUUAGCUAGCUUUACUAUUGGAUUUUCGGCAACAUACUUCCUACAGAAGCUGCUUGCACAAAAGCUGCCGUACCAGCAGAAAACCGGUAUUCUUGUAUCGUCACUGAUUGCAUCGAUAGCGUCGUACAAGGUGACUUCCGAUCGGACAAAGUCCUGCCAGGCAGGUUGGAUGGCUGUCGAAGAAAAGCAUACAGCACUGUCCGAAGAAGAGAGCGAGGAAUCCGUUUAA